AUGAUGGCUACUAUUAUGAUCUACAGCUACGUUAUUUUCAUUGUUCUCAGCAUAACAGUUCAAAUACAAUCUCAAAUAUGUGAGAAAACUGCUCAGUAUGGUCAGUGUUCGACAAACAAUGCUUGUGGCUGUUUUCAUAUGUUAGGUGCUGAUGACGGUGCUGGUAUUUGUGGCUUUCUUUGGCCCACAUGCUCUCGUCUUGUACCAUGUAAUUCCUCAGACAACUCAUGUCUUCAAUCUAACACGAUCUGCGUCAAACAUCCACAAUGUGAUGAUCGUCCUCUUUGCUAUCCAGUUACAAUG